CAUAGAAAAACCGAUUCAUAAAAGUAAAACUCCGGCAAUUAAUUGUAGUCGUAAAUUUCUGCUGCGAAUCCUAGCAGACUGGAAGUGCCGAAGUGGUACUAAAAAACUAGAACUGAACUACUCUACUCAGGAGUUCGGACUGGGAAGUGUGUUUGUGUUGGAGAGAGAGAGGGAGAGAGAGUAAACGAAGAUGGGUACGAGGAGUAUGGAAGUAAAAACUGCCGGUGAUAGACUUAUCUUCAUCUGAUCGCUUAGCCACUGCCAAAUCAAUUCACCAGGCAUGUAUGGACUAUGGUUUCUUUUACCUCAUAAAUCAUGGGGUAGAAAAUGAGCUAAUACAAAAAGCGCUUGAAGAGAGCAGGAAUUUCUUUUCUCUCCCCCUCGAAGAGAAGCUGAAAUUGCCUCGGACGGAGCACAGAGGUUACACACCACUCUACGCUGAAAAACUUGAUACCUCCUUACAUUCCGAAGGUGAUUUGAAGGAGACAUUCUACAUUGGCACUCUAGAUGACGACAAAAGCCAUUUGAACCAGUGGCCUUCGCAAGAAAUAUUACCGUCUUGGAGAUUCACAAUGGAACUAUACUAUGAAAAAGUCCUGUCUGCUGGAAGAAGAUUGAUCUCUCUGAUUGCUUUGGCUUUAAACCUGGAAGAGGACUUCUUUCUAAAAGCUGAGCCCUUAUAUCCUUUCCUUCGUCUGCUACACUAUCCAGCUGAACAGGGGAUGUUGGAUGAAAAGGUUUUAGGUGCAUCAGCUCAUUCAGAUUAUGGUAUGAUCACUCUUCUAGUGAGUGACGGUGUUCCUGGACUUCAGGUGUGUAGAGAAAAAUCUCAAGAACCCCAAGUCUGGGAGGAUGUAAAUCACAUCAGCGGGGCCUUUGUAGUUAACAUUGGAGACCUGAUGGAGAGGUGGACGAAUUGCCUGUAUCGAUCGACGCUGCAUAGAGUGAUUCGAACAGGACAAGAACGAUACUCUAUGGCUUUUUUCGUUGAUCCAUGCCCGGACACUUUGGUAGAGUGCCUGAGAAGUUGCUAUAGUGAGGCAUAUCCUCCAAGGUUCCCACCAAUUCGGAGCGGGGAUUACCUAGACGAGAAGAUUAGACUUACAUAUAAAGCUGGUCCAGAGAGACAAGCAACAACUCAACUGCUGAUGAUGGCCGACAGAAACAAUGGUGUUGAAUCACUAAAACUACCGGUGAUCGACCUUCUUUCUUCUCAUCGUCUUGCCACUGCCACCUCUAUCCACCAGGCAUGUAAGGACACUGGUUUCUUUUAUCUCAUUAAUCACGGAAUAGAAAUUGAGUUGAUACAAAAAGCGCUUGAAGAGAGCAAGAACUUCUUUUCUCUUCCCCUCGAAGAGAAGAUGAAAUUGGCUUGGAAGGAGCACAGAGGUUACACUCCACUUUGUUCUGAAAGACUAGUUAAUGCAGGUGAUGUGAAAGAGACAAUCUAUAUAGGUCCUGUAGAAGAUGAUAAGAGCUAUCUGAACCAGUGGCCUUCGCGAGACAUAUUACCAUCUUGGAGAUUCACAAUGGAACUAUACUAUGAAAAAGUCAGGGCUGCUGGAAGAAUGUUGAUAUCUCUGAUUGCUUUGGCUUUAAACCUAGAAGAAGACUUUUUUGAAAAAGAUGGACCCAUGGACCCCUUUCUUCGUCUACUACACUAUCCAGGUGAACAGGGUGUUUUGGACGAGAAGGUUUUAGGUUCAUCAGCUCAUUCAGAUUAUGGAAUGAUGACUCUUUUAGUGACUGAUGGGGUUCCUGGACUUCAGGUGUGCAGGGAAAAAACUAAAAAGCCACAGGUCUGGGAAGAUGUACCUCAUAUUAGCGGGGCCUUUGUAGUUAACAUCGGGGACAUGAUGGAGAGGUGGACUAAUUGCCUGUAUCGAUCAACACUGCACAGAGUGAUUCGAACUGGACAAGAGCGAUAUUCUAUGGCCUUCUUUCUCAAUCCGUUCCCAGACAGUGUCGUUAAGUGCCUCAAAAGUUGCUGCAGUGAGGCAUCUCCUCCAAGGUUUCCACCAAUUCGAAGCGGAGACUACCUAAAGGAGAGGUAUAGAGCCAACAACAUUGGAAAUACAGGAAAUGACCAGUGAUCACUCCUUGGAACAAUGCUACUGGCAUCGAAGUUUGUUUGUGAUGCGUAUGCUUCUAUUACUAAUCCACGGACUUCAGAUACCUGGAAAAAUGUAUAAAAUGUAUAAUCGGUUAGUAACUACUUGUGUUUCUCUUUCAAGUUGGCUAUCAAUUGAGAUUCUUGGAAAUCUUGAUCUUAAAGAUGACUUGUUUGGGUACAACAACCAAACAAUCAGAAUAUCCAGUGAGUAGAUGUGUCCUUUCUUCAUUGUCCAACAGAACUGCGAUCAUCUUUCCAUA